UCACGAACCAAGUCUUUUUCUGGUACACAAGAAAGGGAAACUCUGUUGAUAGUAUACAAUAGUGUUCCUUUACACACCUUUUUGCUCUUCCACAGGCACCAAUCCAUGUGCAGCCUUAUCUUGGCCACAACAGCUCCUCUCAGCCUCGUCAUUCGUAGCCUUACCGCCCUCGUGUGAUGGCUGAGUUCCCCAAGCACCCCUUCUUGCUCACCGUCGAAGAGACAGCGCAGGCUCUCGGAACAAAUGUCGACACAGGGCUCACUUCGGAGCAAGUCUCCGCCUUGCAGGCCAAGUACCCCAAGAAUGAGCUCGACGUCGGUGGGACGAUUCCUUGGUACAGCAUUCUGGCCAAGCAGAUGCUCAACGCCAUGAUUAUUGUCCUCGUCUUUGCCAUGGCCCUCAGCUUCGGCAUCAAAGACUACAUCGAAGGAGGAGUCCUCGCCUUUGUCAUCUUCCUCAAUGUCACCAUCGGCUUCUGGCAGGAAUACCGCGCGGAGAAGCGCAUGGAUGCUCUCCGCGCCUUGUCCUCGCCCAGCGCCAUGGUCCUCCGUAAUGGUAAAACUGAGGUCAUUCCCAACUCGGAAGUCGUCCCGGGAGACAUCGUCCUCCUCAAAAUGGGCGACACCGUCCCCGCCGACCUCCGCCUCUUCGAAGCCAUGAACCUCGCCUGCGAGGAAGCCCAGCUCACAGGCGAAUCCAUUCCCGUCGAGAAGAUCACCUCCAUCCCCACCACCCACGGAUCCGACAACAACAUCAGCAGUGACAACAAUAGCGGCAACGCAAACAUAGCCACCUCAGAAGCUGACCUCGGCAUCGCCGACCGCACAAACAUGGCCUACGCGACAACCACCGUCCAAAAGGGCCGCGGAAGGGGCAUCGUCGUCGCGACGGGCAUGGCCACCGAGGUCGGCAAGAUCGCCGCCUCCUCCGCCAAGAAGCACCACCGCAAGGCCGGCCGGUCCAUGAAUUGGCGCAAGUAUGGCAAGGCUCAGCCCGUCGUCGGCCUGUCGAAGCGCAUCUACGACUUCGUCGGCAAGUUCCUGGGCUUGACUGUCGGCACGCCGCUGCAGAGGAAGCUGUCCGCCCUGGCAUACGUGCUGUUUUGCUGUGCUGUUGGCCUGGCAAUCGUUGUGUUUGGGGUGAAUCGUUUCAAUAUGAGAAAUGAGGUCAUCAUCUAUGCGACGUCGCUGGGCAUUGCGAUUAUUCCAGAGUCCCUUGUUGCUGUCCUGACAAUCACAAUGGUCGUCGCUGUGACCGUCAUGCGCAAAGCCAACGUCGUCGUCCGCGACUUGUCCGCCCUCGAAGCCCUCGGCGGCGUCACAAACAUCUGCUCCGAUAAGACCGGCACCCUGACUGAAGGCGCCAUGAUUGUCCGCCAGGCCUGGAUCCCUUCCUCCCACAUCUACACCGUGCACGACUCGCAGAACCCGAGCGAUCCCACAAGGGGCCGCGUCUUUGACGUUCCGGACGAAAAGCUCAACAUGUCGCCUCCUCAUCAGCCACCCAGUCCCGAGCCAGCGACAAAGAUGACAGACCAGCUCCGUGCUUUCCUCGUCUCCUCUGCACUCUGCAACCUCGCCACCGUGCGCUUCGAUCAAGAUGAAGAGAAGUGGCAGACGACGGGUGAACCCACAGAAAUUGCGCUCCAAGUCUUUGCCCAUCGCUUUGGCCAUGGCAAGAAGAGCCUCGAGGGACAAGGUUGGGAACAAGUCGCCGAGUUCCCCUUUGAUAGCUCCAUCAAGCGCAUGUCGGUCAUCUAUAACGCCCCUGAAGAUGAUAGCAGCAUUGGCUUUGCUGCUGGCGAUCCUCAAAACAGCCUUGUAUUCACAAAGGGCGCCGUCGAGCGUAUCCUCGACCUAUGCGCCUUUGCAGGCGUCGGCAAGGAUCAGCAGCCCAUGACAGACGAGCUCAAGGAGACUGUCCUCAGCCAAAUGAAUGCCCUCGCUUCACAGGGCCAGCGCGUACUUGCCGUCGCAUACCGUCCGUGGGAAGGAAAGUUCACUUCCAAGCAGACAAGCUCCAGCUCCGCCGAGGAAGAUAACAAGCUGCGCUCAACCGUCGAACAGAACCUCAUCCUUGUCGGUCUCGCCGGCAUUUACGACCCUCCCCGCAGGGAGACCAAGGCUUCCAUCGGCGAGUGCUCGCAGGCCGGCAUCAAGGUCCACAUGCUUACGGGCGACCACCCGGAGACGGCCAAGGCCAUCGCCAAGGAAGUCGGCAUCAUCCCUCGAAACCUCAACAUCCUGCCCGAAAACGUGGCCGCGUCCAUCGUCGUCAAGGCGACAGAGUUCGACAAGAUGACAGACGCCGAGAUUGACGCCCUGGAGGAACUGCCACUGGUCAUCGCCCGCUGCGCCCCAGACACCAAGACGCGCAUGAUCGAGGCGCUCCGUCGCCGUGGCGCCUUCAUGGCCAUGACGGGCGACGGCGUCAACGACGCGCCCUCGCUGUCGCGCGCAGACGUCGGCAUCGCCAUGGGCUCGGGCUCCGACGUUGCCAAGUCGGCCGCCAAGAUCGUCCUCACCGACGACAAGUUCAACUCCAUCGUCGCCGCCAUCCGCGAGGGCCGCCGCAUGUUCGACAACAUUCAAAAGUUCGUCCUGCACCUGCUCGCCUCCAACGUCGGCGAGGUGAUCCUGCUCGUCGCCGGCCUCGCCUUUGUCGACAGCUCCGGCUUCUCCGUCUUCCCCGUCUCCCCGCUGCAAAUCAUCUGGAUCAACAUGGCCACGUCGUCGUUUCCCGCAUUUGGCCUCGGCCGCGAGGCUGCCGCGCGCGAGGUGAUGCGCAAGCCGCCCCAGGACAAGAAGCGAGGCGUCUUCACCAACCAGAUCAUCGUUGACAUGAUUGUGUACGGCCUCCUCAUGGGCGUAUGUACCCUGUGCACGUUCUGCAUCGUCAUCUACGGUGCCAACGACGGGAAUCUCGGGACGGACUGCAACACGCACUUCUCCGAAUCGUGCCGUCCCGUGUUCCGCGCUCGAGCAGCAACCUUUGCGCUCCUGACGUGGCUCAUCCUCAUUUCCGCGUGGGAGUUCAAGAGCCUCCGCAGGUCCAUGUUCCGGCUCAACCCCGACGACGACAGCUUUUUCCCCUUCUUCAAGGACGUGUACAGCAAUCGCUUCCUCUUCUGGUCCGUCGUCAUCGGCAGCCUGUCCGUCUUUCCUGUCGUCUACAUCCCGUUCCUCAACACGCGCUUUUUCAAGCAUACAGGCAUCUCCUGGGAAUGGUCGCUCUCCAUUGGAUUCACGCUGGUCUAUGUCACAGGCGUCGAGCUGUGGAAGCUGACCAAGCGGCACUUCCGGCUAUUGGAAGACGCCCCCGUGCAGAGGGGCGCUUGGGGUCAGGGAGGGCCGGAGGACGACGGGCCCAGAUUCAAGAAGACGUUUUCCAUGUCGAGCUUCAAGACAUGGGUGUCCUUUUCGAGGAGGGAGACGGGGGACAGUGCGAUGCGGGCAAACACACAAGCUCGCUCACCUGUGUGAGACAGAGUCAUUGCCAAAGUGUUUCGAUCUGUCUGUUAUUAUGUCUGCAUAUGACCUGUCCAUUUUCCUGCUUUUCGUUCAUCUACCAGCAUCUAUAAAUGCGUCAUUUAGAGGUUUUGUCGUAGCAUAGAAGACAGGGGAGCAUUCUUCCACCUACCUUUGAAGAGGCAUUAUUCUUCAUCAUGUAUGUAGUUCUGAAGUGCUGAAGGCGAGAUACCCAACAAGAGGCUCAGAUUGGAGGUACCUGUAUUGUUUGUAUGAAGCAACGAUCGUUACC